CAAAAUAAAAUCUUGAAUGUCAUUUGCAUUUUGAACAACAACUAAUAAAUUUUAACUUUCUUACCCGAUAAAAUUAUAUUUUAUAAUUAUUAGUAAUUAGUUCAUAUUUAAGAUAAAACCUUUCAAACAAAAUGUAUUUCAGAUGUGUAAUUAAAAUGUGUAAAAGCAAUCCGAAUAGAGAUGAAAAAUCUACAAAUAUUACUUUCCACAAAUUUCCUACAGAUGAAUUUAAGCGCAAAAAAUGGAUGGAAGCUCUUAAACUGGAUACAAUAAAAUCUUCGUCUGUUAUUUGUUCAGAUCACUUUCAACCGAAUGAUUUUAUAAGUGAUUCCACCAAAAAUAAAACACGACUAUAUCCUUCCGCAGUACCGUUUUUACGUAACGAUGUAGAGGAAUCACAGAAUUGUUUCGCAAUUGAAAAUAACUCAGGGCAUCAAAUGAAAAUAUUUGAUACUUGCAAACCUAUUGUAAGGAGCUGCAGCGAUAGUUUAAAAAAUCCACCAAACUCUGGAAUUAAAUUUGGUGAUUCCAAACCGGUUGUAUGGAAUGUUAAAAGUCCACUUAAUACUGGAAUCAAAUUUGUUGAUUCCAAACCGAUUAAUAAUAACGUGACACCAAAUAAACCACAGGUAUUUUUUGUUCAACCACCUUCAGCUUCGAAGAUAUUACCAAAGGAAGACAAGCCACCGACCAAACCAUUAAUUGUAUUUAUUGAUCCUAGUUCAACUUUGAGUAAAUCAGGGCCCAUAUUUUUUGAUCCCAGUUCAUCUUCAAAAAUAUUACCAAAUGACGACAAAAAUACGAAUAAAAUACUGCCCGCAUUUAUUAAUCCCACUUCAACUGGUAAUAUAUUACCAAAAGAAAAAAAGCCUGAAUCUAUUGAACCUAGUUUAAAAUCGAAAAUUAGGGAAGAAAAAAUGAAAUUAAAAAUCGAAACUUUAAAGCAAUCUGAAUCCAAAAGUAGACAUAAAGUUAAAAUUUUACAUCAGAAGAUACGAAGGCAUACAAGAAGUUUAAACUGCCUGCAGCAAAAAGUCUCCAAUUUAAAACAAACACUGAGCCAAAGAGGAAAAAGGGGUUGUCUUGUUCAAAAUCCAAUUAAACAAAUAAAACUUCCAAAAGUCGAUAAUAAACCGACACCAAUUCCAAAUCCUCCAGAUUUAACCUUCACUAAUCCCACUCAUCCAAAAGUCGAUAAUAAACCGACACCAAUUCCAAAUCCUCCAGAUUUUACCUUCACUAGUCCCACAACCAGUCCCACCACAAAUAUUGACUUCGAUCAAUCAGAAGAAUUACAAGAAACCGCAAAUGAAGUUUCAGAAUUUGAUCAAGGUCGACUGAUAUUUGAAGUUAAUUUCAAAAACAAUGAACUUUUCAAUGAAUACAAAGAUUUUGUGAUAGAAGGCUUACGUUUAUCUCUAACGGAUAAAGGCCUAUUUAUUCUUGUUGAAGAUGAUACUAAAAUUCAAGUUUAUCGUGAAUUUGCAGUUGUUAAUGAAAAAGAGGAAAACGCUGCAGAAAGUGCUGGCACAAUUCCAAACCAGAUAGGAUCUGUUGUAGAGGUAAAAUGUGAUUCACAAAAUCUGGUACAUAAUAUGCCAAAAAUCGAUGAUGACCAAGAAACUCUGGAUAAUCAUAUGCCAGAUAUUGAUCAUUAUCAACAAACUCUUGGCGAUCCUGUGACAAAAAUCGAAGUACCAGAACUUCAAGACGAUAUUCAAAUAGCUUUUAAAAAUGAAGACAUACCAAUUACAGGAGUACUUACAGUCGAAACUCAACCAUUAGAAAAAAUAAAUUCUAUGCUAAUUCCGCCUAAAGAAAUUAUCAAAAGGACUCCCCAACAAAUUUCGCUGCUUAAAAAAAGAAAAAUUCAAGAAGAACGCGAGCGGCUAAAACAAAAGAAACCCAAUCUAAAUGUAAUCACAAACGAUCACAAUGACAAAAGGAAAUCAAUCAAUCUACGACCAGAUCGUUACCUUGACCAUAAUCCUGAGUUUCUUGAUUGGAAAUCCAUUUUAUCAAAGAAUCCUUUGGGUUGAAGGAAAAAACUGUUAUUAAAUAAGUUAUUAGUUAAGUUUUAUUUUUGUCUUGAAAUUAAUUUUUAUUUUUGUUUAAAAAAAUAUUUAAAAUAAAUGAGAAGCUACCUGACAAUGGCCGAUAAUACUAAAACUGUUUUUUGAUUUUG